AUGGCGCCUUUUUCAAAGCGUCUCACUUGUUUUUAUUGCGGAAAACGUCCUGCCCAAUCUAUUAACGGCCCAAUCGCAAACUUUCAUUGUGAAUAUUGUGAUGCUGACAACUACUUGGACAAGAACGGCGAAAUUACCGACCCUCCAGCUGAAGUUACGAACGCGUUCGUGACAUCAAACACGCCUUUCCGUCUGUCACAAUUUGACGCAACAAUCGAGAAGUCGCCCGAGACAUACGGAAUUUAUGAGCCCAGCUUGUUUUGCUCUCAAUGCCUUCGUAACCAGCACCUCUACACCGUCUCAUUAGCAGCAUAUUUCCCCGAAGACGAUGAGACUGUGAAUACCGAAUAUGACUCGAAUUAUGAAAGCUAUCGCCGAGAGGUUGAGGCCCGAUAUCCACAGGUCUGCGAAAACUGCGAGUCUCGAGUCAAGCAGAAAAUUCGGCAGGCUGGCUACGAUGCUAAAGCCGACCAUCUUCGCCGUAUGAUGGAACGGAGCCGCGCUUGCAAGACUAUACAGCGUACCCGACAGCGUAGCUGGCAGAGCCUCGUGGUUUAUCUAGGUGCUAGUGGUUAUUGGAUGAGCAUUCUUGGUCAGCUGGCCUGGGAUAUCAUAAGUGUUCUGACCCUUACUCCUUCGAAUCUCGAUUCCGACCUGUCAAUUGAUGAUGUAUCUGAUACCCUCGUGUCAUUUAUUUCCUGUACAGCCCAAUUGCUGGAGACUCGACGAAUUCCACAGGCAUGCUCUUUUGACUUGGCUCCUGCCGCCGGAGUUGCCCUCGUUUUGGGCUGCCUUUCACUCUGGUACAACCCAAAACUUCGCAUGAAGAUUCUUGGAAGAACUGGCAAUUUCUCUGGUCUAGUCGAGUACUACGAGGUGCAGCUUAUCUUCAUGGUAGUGCGAGGUGUAUUUUGGUCCUUGUUCAAGGAUCCAGCUGCCAGUGGUAUUGACGCCCAGAAAUCGCUUGUUGGACAUUUAUUCAUGAUGAUUUUCACAACUAUUUGUGUCUUGAUAUCCCGUCGUGUCAUUAAAUACAACAUUCGUCCUCUGGUAGAUUGGACUGAUAAAUCCUGGGAAAAUAAGCCGAUGCGUAGCCCAACAUCGAUAUCUGCCGUGUGUUCUCCGGCAUUAGAAUCGAUGCCCAGAGGAAGACAUGGGGAAAUUCGCCAGCCGUUCCCCUUUGAGAAGUUCAAAUUGGAUGCACCGAAAUCCGUGGUAUCUCCAUCAUUUCCUACGCCUCCUCCUGAUGGCGAUGAUAUGGAAUGGUCUCCUUCUGGUGCCCAGCAAAUCCAGCAAAUCCAGCCAACGGUCAGCGUUCAGCCGAUCCUCAAGCCUCCCGUUUAUGAUGAGCCCAGCCCAUUCUAUGGGACCCUUCCUCCCGCACCUAAGCCUCCUGCAUGGGGCCUCCGCAGACAGGAGCCCGAGAGAAGCGUUUCAAAGGCCGUGGAAGGCAAUCCGUUUCACCGCACUCCUACCGAAUCACGAACUACAUGGCAGCACAAAUCAGCUAGCCCACAACCAGUUUUUCAGCCACCCAGAUUCUUUCCCACUAGUGACUAUCAAAACGCUACUGGUCUAGAGACCAUGUUUGAUCAGGCGUUUAGCAUAGAGCCCGAUAACAGUCCGGCUCGGAGAAGAUGGGCCGACGAACCACGGCCCAAGACUUCCCAUGCCCCAGGCCAUAACCGCCUGACAUUUCAGGCUUUCAGAUUCUUUCUCCUGUUGUGUGCCACUGGUGCCUGGACGUUGUCCCAGAACCAUACAUUCCCAAUUCCUGGGAACUAUGUUGAAACAUUCGCUCUGGGUAGUGCAUGCCUUAUCGCAGGACUUGCUCUUCUUGAUGUUGUGAAACAACCUUUCGCUGAUUGGAAAGGACUGGAGAUAUUAGUGAACAUCACUGAGCUCGGAGUGUCUGUUCAUCUUGGAGGCUGUAUGCCACAGGCAUCUCUUGAACGAGAAUACUUUGAUCGAUAUGGCAAAUUACUUCUCAUUUUUAUGGCUGUACAGGAGGGCAUGGGUCUAUUAACCUCCUAUCGAGCCAUGCUACCCUCUGUGAAACCAAAGUUUGAUGAAGACCAAAAAUCCAUCCGUUCUGCAUCCACACUUGAGACACCUCCACUUGGUCAAAAUGGAUUCACCACUCAGUUGUACUCUCCCACCGAGUCAGCAGCCAGCUUCCCCUCUAUGGAGCAGUCCCUAUUGACUGCACCUCCACUUUCCUUCGGAUCUACCACUGGAUCUGCGAGUUUCUCAUCCGCGCUGCCUUCCGUAUCGAACUACCGUCUUUCCUCAGGGCAGAAUUAUGAAUCCAUGCAUCAAAACUACGAUCACAAUCCGCACAGCUUCACAAUGAAAUCUCUUCAGGAGGCUGAACCUUCAGACUACGAGCAAGACUCGGAUAGUGAAACAGUUGCUACCACAGCUACUGCGUGGACAAAUGCUACGAACCGGAACAUUCGCUACGGUCGGCGCCUAAGUGCGGUCUCUAGCACCGAUAAUUUCUUUUCUCCUCGUCGAAAUGAACUUGGCCCUGUUUUGGGAAGCCUUAGUCUGGAAGAUCGCCCGAGCUCUCGUCGUAUGACUCGCAGCCAGACUCAGUCAGGUCUAAAGGGAAGGUCACUUACUUCUGGCACAUAUCGCUGA